GCAUCAGUCACCUUUGGUAACAGCUAAAGAAUCAACAGCUUAAAGAUGAAAUUCUUCGUGUGCUUUGCUCUCAUCACCAUCUUCGCCUCCGCUCUGCCCAAUCCCACUGGCAGCAGCUCGGUGGCCACUGCCAACCAGGAAGUCGAGUCUGAUGGCCAGGGCUACGGUGAUCUGACCCGUCUGCGCAAGUCGGCUUAUGGCGGCAGCUCCGGCGGCUACGGCGCCUCCAGUGUGCCAGCUCCUCCCUGCCCCAAGAACUACCUGUUCAGCUGCCAGCCCAAUCUGGCGCCAGUGCCAUGCAGCGCUCCAGCUCCCAGCUACGGAUCUGCCGGUGCCUACUCCUCGCCCGUGGCCAGCUAUGUUGCCCCUAACUACGGCGUGCCCCAGCAUCAGCAGAACCUCUUCGGCGCUGCCUACUUGCCCCAGGCCUACGGCUACCAAUACUAGAAGAUCAACGCAUCUGAGGACUUGAAUCUGACACGGCUUCCCAAGCUGCCGAGAAACCAAAAUCUUAGCCAUGCUUAAAGAAAAUGUUAAAAAAAAUCAAUAAAUCUAUUUGCAUAAUUAUAAA